CUAUAUGCAGUUAUAUUUUUUCGGAUUUAGAUGUGUGUUUCUAUAAAUGUUGAGUGCUGUUUUACUGUAUAAAAGUUAAAGUUUAAUCUAUCAUUAAAUAUCGGUUUGUAAAUUAAAAGCAUAUAGCACAAUAGUCGUAUAUAAUCAAAUAUAUAGAGAGUUAAAACAAUUUAUCGGAAAUGAAUGAAGCAGCAUUGGCCAGCAUGAUUUACAACGACCCCAUAGGUAUCUAUGAGCAGCCCAGGCCGCGUUUCAUAUUUAAAAUGCCGCGUGUUGUGCCCGACCAAAAGGCAAAAUUUGAAAGCGAUGAACUAUUCCGUCGCUUAAGCCGGGAAAGUGAAAUCCGUUAUACAGGAUAUCGCGAACGUGCUCAAGAGGAACGCCAAAUGCGGUUCCACAAUGGUUGUCGUGAGGGUCAUACUGAAAUAUCAUUUGUGGCAUCGGGUACGAAUCUACAACUGGUUUUUAACGCAACCCAAAACCCAUAUUUACAUGAUAAGGAAUGCGAUUUUGAUAAAGAGCAUGGAAAGGUUUAUAUAAAAUCGUACUUUAUAAUGAACGGAGUGUGUGUGCGUUUUCGUGGUUGGCUAGAUUUGGAACGUUUGGAUGGAUCGGGCUGCCUAGAGUUCGAUGAACGACGUGCAAUGCACGAAGAUCAAAUAUUACGCGAACAAAUCGAACGAUAUAAUUUGAGGCUUCGCGAAUUCGAGGAUUCCAAACGAGCAUAUCGUGAUAGCCGACCAGAAGUUGAUAUGGAAGCUGUACGCCGCGGUGUACCCUCAGGUGGUAUUGGCGUUGGUGCCAGUAUGUGGAGACGUUAAUUUUGGGGAGAAAAAUAAAACGGGGUAAACUUUAGAAUAGAAUUACUCUAAUUCGGUGUAAAGGCUGAUAGAGAAGAUAUUUCUGUUUAAUUUCUUCUAAAUCGUUUGCAAAAUAAAUAAAGAAAUGUUCACUGUA